AUUUGACAUUUCAAAUAAACAAAUUAUAGCUGUUGUGCUGCUAUCGUAGAUUCCCUUUUGAUUUUUGUGUGUGUAUUUAACAUAAUAGAUUGUGCUGCAGCGGGCGAGUGUGUACUUUGUCGUGUUUGUAGUUUGGAAAAGUUUUUCAUUUUUUUGGCUUUUUUAUCUCAUAAUAAACAAAAAGAGACACAUUUGUUUUUUGAAACAAGGCUUAAAUUUAGUUGCACUUAUUUGUAAACAAACACCAUACCAAAACCAACCACCCAUCCAAUCAAUCAACCAACCAACCAAUCAACCAACUAAAACAAUAACUACUUACUCCCACAACAUUUAAAAAAAAGUAGAUUUUAAACGUUAAUCUUGCAAAAAGCAUAACCAAAUAAAUUUUCCACCAUAGGACUAUCAGAGACAGCAGUUAUGGACGUUAUGUCUUCUUCAUUGCAACAGCAGCGUAUUAUUGUCGAACAAUUGAGACGUGAAGCGGCUGUAGAUCGUCAACCUGUUUCGGAAUCUUGUGCUGCUAUGAUGCGUUAUAUAUCACAACAUGAACAGGAAGAUUAUCUUUUGACCGGUUUUACUAGUCAAAAAGUUAAUCCUUUCCGUGAGAAAUCAUCAUGCAGUGUUCUCUAAAUUAUAACAAUGAAGAAACAACAAUGGUGGAUGAGAAGAAGGUGGAGGAAGAAGAAGAAGGAGAAGGAGGAGAAGGGUAAUAAGAUGAAGAUGUAGAAAAACAGCAGCAGCAGAAGUUUAUGUUGGAAUUAAAUGUUGUAAGCAAUGAUGAUAUGAAAGUAUAAGCAAGCAGCAAGGAUUUAGAAAUUUAGAAAUCACCACCUAAUUUAGAACUUAUAACGAUAACAAAAUCUUCAAAAAUAACAGCAACAACAACAGCAACAACAACAUCAACAACAACAUUUAACACUAAACUUUUUUUUGCAAAGAAAAUAUUAAAAAUUCAAUAAAAAUAUAAUUUUCUAACACAAAACAAACCAACAUCUACUAAUUUACUUAGAAAAAAAAAGAAACACAACAACAACAACAAUAAAUUUUGACAAAAAACCCUCAGAAUGUUUUAGAAAGCAACGAAGAAAUGAUAAAAAUAACAACAAUUUGUUGCUGAAUUGAAUCUAAA